UUAAUCAUGGACAAGAAAAGAUACCGAGGUAAUUCAGGCGAGGAAGAAGAAAAGGAGAAUCGAAUGGAGAAGCGAUUGAGGCGACUGGAGGAUGCGAUUUUGGAAAUACGAGACAAUAAGCGUCACAGGAAGAGACGUCGACGUCACCGAAGCUCAAGGUCCUCAUCGUCAGAGGCCAAUCGGCGACGGCGUAGCAGAGGAAAAAGCAGAGGAAGAAGCCAAUUUCGAAGAAGCUCUUCGAAAGGAUCCAGCGUGUAUGACGAAUCGAUACAGCGAGAACUCUCUUACAGCCCUUCAGAGCAAUUUGUCGAUCAGACCGCUGCGCAGGUUGGGAGCUUGUCAAGCUCAUCCGCAGAGGGACAAGUGGUCCAUCAUACUGCUACGCAGGCAGUUUUGGGACAAGAUCCUCCUGCGAUAAAC